AUGAUACCUCGUCGGGUCUUGAAGCCCUAUCUGGCUGAAUUUCUCGGGACAGCCCUGCUAAUUGUCAUCGGGGAUGGAGUCGUCGCCCAAUGCUUGCUGUCCGACUACCAGUACGGCACCUGGCUGUCCAUCAACAUCGCCUGGGCAGCUGCUGUCUGCCUAUCAAGCUUCUUGUCUGAUCCCAGUCCGACUAUUAACCCGGCCGUGACUAUCUGCUUGGCUCUUGUACGCCCAUCGGCGGGACAGUGGAAGACAAUCCCGGGCAAGCUGCUUGCGCAGUUCCUCGGUGGGUUCGUCGGCGCUGUCCUGGUGUAUGUGAACUACCGGUCGGCUAUCAAUGCUUGGGAUCCCGAGUAUACCAUUCCCGGCGGGUCAAUCUUGAGCCCUACCGGUCACCACUCAGCGGGCAUCUUCUCGACCUACCCAGCUGCCGUAUUCGCGUCGAACUGGGAGGCUGUGUUUUCCGAGGUGCUGGGCUCAGCUGUGCUGAUGUUUGGUUGUCUCAGUAUCUCGGAUCCAGGAAAUGCCCAUCGAUUCCCUUCUCCGCAUCUCUCUCUUUUCCUGCUCCUGCUUAUGAUCGGUGCGGCAUUGGGCUGGCAGACCGGCUACGCUCUUAACCCUGCUAGAGAUUUCGGCCCGAGACUUUUCUCUGCUAUUGUCUACGGCUCAGAAGUGUUCACGGCGGCCAACUACUAUUUCGUUGUUCCCAUUUUCGGCCCUAUUCUCGGCUGUGUUAUUGGCGCGUUGACUUAUGACGGGUUUCUUUUUGAGGGAGAGGGGUCGCGCAUUGCCGAUGCGCUGGACAAGGCCGAGGCUCACGGGUCUCUCCGCCUGGACUGA